CCUCACAACUGCACGGCACUCAGCUAUUGUCUGCACUUCGCCCGAGCAUGAUUCUAUAGCCUGUAUGCCAUGCGCCUUCGCAGACUUCGCGAUCGCAUCCUGUCCUAUGCUGCUCCCCUCGCACCUGCACCGCGCGGCUUUAGAGUGCCAUGAACCCCACCAAUGGCUCUCCCUCGUCCAAGAGCAGCUCCACGCCUGCGACGUCGACUUUGCGCCCACGGACACGCCGCUUGAUAUCAGUUGAAGAUGACUUGAACCCACCCGCCAGCAGCGCCAGGACGUCUCCAUUUGGCUCCCGCGCCGUCUCGCCCACUCCCGGCGCCCGUGCCCCAAGCUACAACGCCGCUCCGGCGCCCGCGUCCUCGUUCGAGCGCUCGGGUUCGCAGUCACUACGAGUUGGAAGAGACGCCCAGAAAACUCUAUCAGGAUUAUGGGGAAAUUCGUGGUCCGCUAUUCAAGGCUUGGCAACCAAUGUGCUCGGCAACGAGGCAGGCGCAAAGGACACAUCAGCAGCCACAAGAAAGCGGAAACCGUUGCUCGGCUCACACCGUCGCACUUCCACCAGCGCGCCGCCCAAGCAAUGGGGUCCCUCAGCUUCAUCGACUGCCCACGUGGGCGCCGGCUCACAAGAAGAGAGGGAGAGCAUGGUUCGGGCAAUGAAACGCAAAGACCUGCUUCUUGCUGACAGCCAUAUGGCAGACUCGGUCGGCCGUCUAAAGAGAAGGAAUUCUGACGAUCGCAUGAGCUCGUCGGCGCCGCCUGGAGAAAACGAAGACCGCGACGCCCUCAUAUACAUCCACAACGUGCGCCCACAGGACACACUCGCGGGCAUUACGAUCAAGUUCAAUUGCCAGCCUGGGGUGCUCCGGAAGGCCAAUCGCAUGUGGCCCAAUGACAGCGUACAGACGAAGAAGAUCAUUGUGCUGCCCGUAGAUGCGUGUGGAGUGAAAGGGCGCCCCGUGGCGGGUCCUGAUGGCCACCAAGACGGAGAUCUGCUCCUUGGAGACUGGAGCAAUGACUCAGAAGACAGCUCCAAUGGUCUGCCCAACAGCUGGACCGCAUUGAGACCCAAGGCCUCCGACACGUCGUCCACGCUCUCACCUUCGGUGUCCAAUGCCGACUCAGAACCACCAUGGAAACACGACUCUUGGGUACUCUUGCCCAACGAUACAGAACCAAUAGAGAUAGGCCGCAUGCCGCGAAGAGAACUGGGCUUCUUUCCUCCUGCCAGACGGAAGUCUAUCGUCUUCUCAGAUGCAUCGACACCGAGAGCUUCCGUUGACAUGCCACGGUCUUCCACCUCGACGAGCACGCACUCUCCCACUACCAGUAUCUCACGACCUCGAGCAUCGAGCAAUCUGUCCACUGUAUCCGCACCGUACCAAGGACGCCCUCGAAAUACAUCAGGAUUUCAUCUGCAUGGACCGGGAGGCGUAGGGACAAUGGGCAAGAACGUGCGAAGUCCUGGUCCUGGUCAAGACCCCCUGAACAAAAUGUUUGCUGCGCAUCUUCCCAACGUCGAACCGCCGCCGGAUCAGGAGUACUUCACGCCUUGGGCACCAGGUCUGCUCGAGGCCGAUUCUGGGAGGGUACACCAUGGCGGCUCAGGUGCACUUACUCCGUCGGGAGGGGCGGGCUUAGAUUUACAAGAAUUUGGCGGCGCCAUCGAGGGAUGGGUACGCAAAGUGGGCACGCAAGCAUCGAAGCUCUUGACGGAACCAUCGACACCCGGACAAGGCAGGCGAUCUGCUGUCCCUGUCAUCGGAGCGGUGGGAGGUGAUCUAGGCGAUCUGAUUGAGCUACGGGACGAUGCCUUUGAGAUAGGAGACGGGGAAGAGGAUAGAGGAAGGACAGGAAGAAGCGACUCUCGCACACCAACGAACGAGCAGUACCAAAGCGCAAGGCCUGACUUCAACCUUGUGCUGCGGGCUAGACAGCCGAAGGGACGCAGCAGCAAGAACGAUUGAGAUCAUCCCAUGAAUUGUGGCUAGAAUUGACGGAGUUUUGGAACACGCAUUCAGUUGGAUGGCACCAACGCAGGGUUUGAGCGUUCUGGCGCAGGGGAGUAGGGUUGAUUUUGUUAUAUACCUGUAACAAGCUUACGGCUGCGCUUUAUCCCUAGACAAAUGACAUGUUAGUGCGGAC